CUUCCACACCUCAAGGCAAGCGACGCAGAAAGGAGGCCAGGCUCAUUAGGUCGGUGAACUGGUUCAACACUAGGUCACAGCAGAUAAGUGAAGCUCCUGUGCCGCCCCUACACGACGAGACACUUGAUAAGAUAACUUGUUAAGCUCCGCGUCAAGGCACUGGUUCUAGUCGACAAUCUCUUUGUCUUCUCGCGAACAUUAGUCUUCGUACGGCAUUGAAAAGAUGAAGUCCUCCGUCCCAGGCCUCCUGUCUGUCUGGGAACUCGUCCUCUUUAGUUUCGCUGAAGCGGCCACUGUCACGUACGACUUCAACGUGACAUGGGUCACAGCAAAUCCGGACGGUGAUUUUGACCGGCCUGUGAUUGGUAUCAACGGGAAAUGGCCCAUUCCUCAAAUCACUGCCAACGUAGGAGACAACGUCGUAGUGAACGUUCAAAAUCUUCUCGGCAACGAAUCGACGUCUCUCCACUUCCAUGGCCUCUACAUGAAUGGCACGGCUCAUAUGGAUGGUCCUGAGCAGGUCUCUCAGUGUGCCAUCCCACCAGGCUCGAGCUUUACUUACAACUUCACAAUUGAUCAGCCAGGCACCUAUUGGUACCACUCCCACACACAUGGCCAAUACCCCGAUGGGUUGCGGGGACCACUGAUAAUCCAUGACCCCGACUCUCCAUUCCUCGGACAAUACGACGAAGAGUUGGUUCUCACGCUAUCCGAUUGGUACCAUGACCUCAUGACCGACCUUCUCCCUGGCUUCAUCAGUAAAGGCAACCCCACUGGCGCCGAGCCGGUUCCCCAGAAUGCACUCUUCAACGAGACGCAGAAUCUGAAGGUCAAAGUCGAGCCGGGAAAAACUUACCUGUUCAGAAUGAUCAACAUGGGUGCUUUUGCUAGCCAAUACGUGUGGUUCGAAGGCCACAAUAUGACCAUCGUCGAAGUGGACGGCGUGUACACCCAGCCUGCCGAGGCUGAGAUGAUCUAUCUUUCAGCUGCACAACGCUGUAGCUUCUUGCUGACUACCAGGAAUGAGACAACUGCGAACUAUGCCUUCGUCGGGAGUAUGGACACGACUCUAUUUGAUGUCCUCCCAGACGACCUGAACUACAACGUCACGGGCUGGCUUGUUUAUGAUGAUGGGAAGCCGCUUCCUCAUCCCGCUUUUGUGGACGAUCUGGAUGGUAAUACUUUCGACGACAUGACCCUUGUCCCAUGGGACAAUCAGACCCUCCUGGGAGAGCCUGACAAAACGGUAGAGCUUAAUGUGAUCAUGGACAAUCUUGGAGACGGGGCAAACUAUGCAUUCUUCAAUAAUAUUACCUACAGAGCCCCAAAGGUCCCGACGCUGUACACGGCCCUCAGCACGGGUAAGCUGGCCACCAACCCUGCAGUCUACGGCGGUUAUACCAAUACUUUCGUCCUCGAGAAAGGCCAAAUUGUCCAGCUAAUCGUGAAUAACUUGGACACCGGUCGCCAUCCAUUCCAUUUGCACGGUAGGAAUUUCCAGGCCGUGUACCGGUCUGCGGAAGAUGCGGGCACCUUCGAGGAUUCCAACGUCACCGAAGCCGAUUUUCCUUCUGUUCCCAUGCGCCGUGACACGUUCGUGCUAUACCCCAGCGGCAAUGUUGUUUUGCGGUUUCGAGCCGACAACCCUGGCAUAUGGCUUUUUCACUGCCACAUCGAAUGGCACGUCGCGUCUGGCUUAAUCGCGACCUUCGUCGAAUCGCCCCUGGACUUGCAAAAUACCCUCACCAUCCCCAAGGACCACUAUGAAGUCUGUGUCGCUGGCAACGUCCCGACAGUAGGUAACGCAGCGGCCAAUACGCACAACCUGCUCGACCUAUCCGGCGAGAACCGCGCGCCAGAUCCGCUGCCCGAUGGCUUCACCACCCGGGGGAAAGUGGCACUGGCUUUUAGUUGUUUAUCGGGCAUUUUGGGGAUUGCCGUGGUCGCGUGGUAUGGUCUUGCUCCUGAUCCCGCUGCGCAUGCGGGGGUGGAGAAAAGGGUUGCAGAGGCCGACGUCGUUGAUUCUAGUGUCGGAGACAUAGGCGCGGGGCCGUCCACGGCUAGGGAAUUUGUGAUGGCGAGCAGUUCGGGUGAUGGUAAUAGAGGUGCCAGGGCUUGAGCUUCCUCGUGGUGGUCGUAUUAGCGUCACAAAAAUACAGUCAUGACGAGCGAUAUGCAAAUUCAAGUACCGUAUCCAAGACUAGAUACAAGUC